GCGCGUGGGGCUGAGCGGCCGUUGCGCUCCUCGCGGCGGGGGCGGUUGGAACCCGGAGCCAGUCGGGAGCCGCGGGCAGCCGGCAGGACGCGACCCGGCCGCUCCGCACCAUGCCAGCCCGCCGCCGGCACACGCGGAGCCGAGGCCCGGCGAAGGAGCCGUCCGCGGCACGAACGCCGCCCGCCCGGGAAGCGGAGGGGCCGUCCGAGGCCUCGGGGGCCGCUUCGCCCUUCGCCGAGGGCCGCGGCACGCAGACGGGCGGUCGCCUUCGGCGCGGGGAGAGCCGGCGCGGAGCCGACGACCGCUCGGCCUUCGGCGUGCCCGGCAAACGCCGCAGGAGGGCGGAGAGCGCCCGGCGAGGAGAGGACGCGCCUUCCGCGCACGGCGAGCUCCUCCUCCGCCGUCCCGCCGACUCCAGCGGCGAUGCCCGCCCGCGCCUCCGCGGCCGAGGAAGAGCCGGGCCGAAGAGGAGAGCCCCGGCCGACGCCGCCCGUCCGCCGCCACGAGCGGCCGCUGCCGCCCUGCCGGCCCCCGCUGCAGCAGCACGCGGCGACACGUGGCGGCUCCUGGCGCCCUGCCCGCUGCCGCCACCCACCGCCCGCAUCGCGCCCGUCCGCACGGUGUUCUCACCGUGCCACCUGCGGCCUCUCACGGCGCCCAACCUCGCGCCGUGCCCACCGCCGCUGCGGGCUCCCUGGGCCGCCCUGCCUGCCCUUGCCACCCCUGGCUGGCAGUGCCCGUGCUGCUGGGGCCGGUGGUGGCUGCAGCCCCUCUGGCCGUGCUGCAGCCCCUGGCUUCCUUGGCUGCAGCCCCUCCUCUGGCCGUGCUGCAGCCCCUGGCUUACUUGGCAGCCGCCAGCAGCCCCCAGCAGCCCCGCCUACCAGCAGGGAGAUCACGGGCUGGCAGCCCAGAGCGGGCAGUGUGAGGGACGGGAGGAGAGCAGCCCCGGGGGGGAUCAGGGGCUGGUAGAAGUAGCUGAUGAAGAAGAGGAUAUAGAGAUAGUUGUUGUAUAG